UGCGCAUGCUCGUUGCCAGGCGGGGCACUUGAUCAGGUCGGGCGGUUGCUGAGACUGGCAGUGCUGGAUGCUACACCUGCCGCUCUUUGGAGACUAUUGGUGCCGCUGAAUAUGGCGAGCCCGGGGCAGGUCUGAUGAGCUGUGGGGACUCUUAUCUGUGUGUAUGAUCUGCUUCACCAUCUGACAUGAAGAAAUUAACAAGACUUUCGGUGUCUUUGGUGCUUUGUAGCAUCUUACUGAGAUUACCAAGUAUCAGAUGCCUUUCUCUUCAAAAAGUGGAUAGACGGGACAUAGCUGAUGUCUCUGACUUAGGAGAGCUUCAGGAGACUGUGAACACUCUCACUCCAAAUCCCUAUCCAGAGAAUCCUCUGUUAACAACGCAGUCCACGGUUACUAAGAUAUUGCGUGAUACAUCUACACAGCCCCAUGGGACCUCAUCAAAUGCUGUAUUUACUGCUGAAAGAGAAACACAACAUAGCAACACUCUACUUAGUAAUAGCACCGUGAACACUCAGAUUAAUAGUUCUAGUCUUGUCUACACAGCAAGACCCUUGGGACAAAGUAAGGGAUUAGGGGACAAUGGAAUUCUGACCACCGCCAUCUCUACAGUAGAUUACACUGCUCGAAUGUCUUCUCCAAGCAAGAUCACAGUGGUAGAUACAGAUAAGGGGGCAGUUGAGAAAAAUGGCACCAUGGGAGAGUCUAGUUUAGGGCCUUCAUCUCAGGUUAACACUAUGGAGAUGUUGACUGCAAACCCAAGGACCAGCAAUGUUAAAGCAGAAGAUGACCAGGUCACAAUGUCCUUACAUCAUUCAAACCAAAAUGUUAUAUCUACAUUUAACAGCAUUUUAUCAAAUGUGACUAGUCCAGGCAUAAAAUCAACCAUGUCUUCCAAUGUAGAAAGUUUAUUUCCCGAUGUUGUUAGGGAUUUGGAAAGUACAACACAGAUCAACAGAUUGAAUGGAAGUGCUAAUUUAACCUCACUACUGAAUGGAGAGUAUGGAGAUACACAAAUAGUACCUACUGCUCCUGAGCUAGUAACCUCAGCUAACGAUGUGACUGCUACGUACGUGAGUGUGGGGGACAGUGACACAGAAAAUACUGCCUGGCUCACCACCAUUCCCGGAACAGCAGUCCAGGCAGUGAACUGGGUAGUACAAGAUGUAACAGAAACCAUAUUUAAUAAAGAUAAUGAGGAAGAGACUCCAGCUGUCUACACCGAACAAAUCCUAAACACAUCUGGGAUGCAAAACGACAACUCAAGAGAUUUACAUUACCCAGCUGAGACUUCUACAAGUUUAAACAAAGAAUCCUAUGCGGCAUACACAGAUAUUACAGAGCAGACCACUGAACUAAGUAAAGACUUUAUUGUUACUGCGAAACCUGAGAUCCUGUUGGAAGUCAUUACUCCACCAACGUCUAGCCAGAUUCCAAUCAAUGAGGCAGCAGUGGAGACAGUGACGGAGAAACACUGGGAGAGUCCAGGAAAUACAACAAAGGAUGGAUUGUUCCCCACUGAGCAGAUCCAAUUUGGUGCAACUCCCAACACCAAAGGUGCAAGUCCAGAACCUAAGGAGAAUUUAUUUACAGUUAUUGUACAGCCAGUCAAUACAUUUACCGAGGCAGCAGGAUUGGAAGAUACAGCAACCAGCACUAGUACAGUCACGCCAGCAUUUGUGUCCUCGCAGAUUAAUGUAAUGGAUUCCUCUUCCCAGCAGAUCAGUUCAACAGUGGUUUAUGGUGACGACCGGCUAGAAUCUGAAGAGGUGGAUGAUGAGGAUGGAGAUGAGGAUGAUGAGGAUGGAGAGGAUGAUGAGGAAGAAGAGGAGGAUGAGGAAGAUAAAGACACAGAUUCAGUUGAUGAAAGUAUUGAAGGGGAUUCUGAACAGCCCCCAUUCACCCUGCCAGUUCUGUCCUCCCAGGAACCUGCCUUAAUGGAAGAGACCAACCAUGUUCCUUACACCUUGGAAUGGGAGCGACAAAACCAAGGUCUGGUAAGAAGCUGGAUGGAAAAACUUAAAGACAAGGCAGGGUACAUGUCUGGGAUGCUGGUACCAGUGGGAGUUGGCAUUGCUGGAGCGCUUUUCAUCCUUGUAGCUUUGUACAGCAUUGAGAUUAUGAAUCGCCGCAGGAGAAAUGGCUUCAAACGGCAUAAAAGGAAGAGGGAAUUUAAUAGCAUGCAAGACCGUGUAAUGCUUCUAGCCGACAGCUCCGAAGAUGAAUUUUGAAUACGACUGCAAUAGAUAAUGUUCAUUCUGUAGCUGACUGCUAAGUUAUCGUGUAUCACCAUGCACUGAAAUCAAUAGCAUGUUGUCUUGUAAAUUCUAUUUGUUUUUUUAUAUACUACUGUGAGAUGAGAUGUGUACACACAGCUCUUUGUUAAUAUACAGAGUCCUUAAUGUGCAGGUGUGAUCUGUGUUUUAUAUCAAGGUAUUUUUUUGUACUGGGUUACAAUGUAAAAAAAAAAAAUAUUGUUAAUCUUGUGUAGCGAGUAUACAGAACAAAAUAGUAACGCUUAUAAAUACAAAUCUGAGCCGUCACAUGGGGGAAUUACCAAAUUCUAUGCAUUUUGUUUAUAAAGACAACCUAUUCCCCAUGCAAUUACUAUAAACAUAACCUGCAUUCUGUUUAGCAUUUUACAUUGCUUUUAUAUUUUUAAUAGUGGUUUAUUUUAAAUUUAAGUGCAGAAAGAAAUGAAAAAAUAAAUGAAGUAAAUACAAAAUGUGCAUAAGUAAUAAUACAUCGUUACUUGCCUGCAAAUAUCAAAUAAAAUGACUGUGUAUGUUUAUGUAGAAAUCUGAAUUAACCUUUGCAUUAUAUACUGAGUGCAUUAAUUACCAUUUAAUAAAGAAAUGGAAUAAAAGAAAUAAAUGUA